AUUUUCCACCCCUAGCACUGCUCGGCUGAUUUUUUUUUAUAGUUUAUUUGAGACCCCAACGAGCGCGACGCGAGUCUGCAAGAUGUUUAAAACGCGAAGAACGGCCGACCAGUGUUAGCAACUCGAUUGAUCCAUUCGAUCCGAUCCGAUCUGAUCUGAUCUGAUCUGGCAACCGGGCAAGCCUCACCGCAGAGCGACCGCAGCAGAUGCAGCGAGAAUAGGAGCGCCCACCCACCCAGCGACACUCACACAGGCACACGAACGGGGAUUUCGGUUUGGAGCCACCGCACACACUCACAACGGACCUUAGGGGCACCACCCGCACCCGCACACGCACACACAGCCCCGCAGCCCCACAGGCAUUGGCACAGGCACACACGCCCAGAGAUGUCACACCUACCAUUGCCGCUUUAUGGCUUCGCGGCGUUCUUCAUGGCUUUCUGGCUGGGCACCUGGAUGGUGCACGUGAUAGCCAUCUGCUACGGCCGCUACAAGCUGCACAAGAAGUCCUGCAAGCUGCCCACGGAGGCCCAGCCGCUGCCCGGAGUCUCCAUCCUGAAACCGCUGAUGGGCGUCGAUCCCAACCUGCAGCACAAUCUGGAGACCUUCUUCGCCAUGGACUACCCGCUGUACGAGCUGCUCUUCUGCGUCGAGGACAAGGAGGAUCCGGCCAUUCAGCUGGUGGAGCGGCUGCUGGCCAAGUAUCCGCUGGUGGACGCCACACUCUUCGUCGGCGGCUCUGACGUGGGCGUGAAUCCCAAGAUCAAUAACAUCCAUCCGGGCUACAUGGCCGCCAAGUACGAUUUCGUGAUGAUCUCGGACAGCGGCAUCAAGAUGAAGGACGACACGCUCCUGGACAUGGUGCAGAACAUGUCCGAUAAGCACGCGCUGGUCCACCAGAUGCCCUUCACCAGCGACCGAGACGGAUUUGCGGCCACCUUCGAGAAGGUGUUCUUUGGAACGGUGCAGAGCAGGAUCUAUCUGUCGGCGGACGUGCUGGGCAUCAACUGCCACACGGGCAUGUCCUGCCUGCUGCGCAAGGCGGUGAUCGACCAGCUUGGCGGCCUGAGGGCCUUCGGUUGCUACCUGGCCGAAGACUUCUUCAUUGCCCGCAGCGUGACGCGAUUGGGCUGGAAGAUGCGCAUCUCCAACCAGCCGGCGCUGCAGAACAGCGGCCUCUGCGACAUCGGUAGCUUCCAGGCGCGACUCAUCCGCUGGGCCAAGCUGCGCGUGGCCAUGGUGCCCACAACUAUUCUGCUGGAGCCGCUAUCCGAGUGCAUGAUCCUCGGCGCCAUAGCCGCCUGGUCGGCCUCCGUGCUGUUCAGCUGGGAUCCGCUGGUGUUCUACCUGGUGCACGUGCUCUGCUGGUUCCUGUCCGACUGGCUGCUGCUCUCCAUCGUCCAACACGGCUCGAUGCCGUUCCACAAGUUCGAGUUCGUGGUCGGCUGGCUAUUCCGCGAGCUGACCGGACCCUAUCUGUUCCUGCACGCCCUCUGGGAUCCGGCGAUCCGCUGGCGCGCCCGCACCUACAAGCUACACUGGGGCGGUAUGGCCUACGAGCUGGGCAGCCCCGCCUCCGAUGCUGCCAACGCCCCACUGGCACCGCAGCCCGCUCCCACGUUAGAGCCACCAGCGGCAGCCACCGGUGGAUCCACGGGGGAGACGCUGAUCUGCACGGGAGCCAAGCAGCGAUUGCUGGUAUCGUAGCAGCAACUAGUUAAGUUUGUUAUUUUGUACUUGUGAGCAACCAACUCAGCGGACUGCAAGCGACUGGCGAGCGGCGUUUAGCGUCCAGCGUCGGGUAGAAGUAUUAUUAGCUGAACCUUAGUCACUACGUAAGUCUAGACUUAAAGCUGUAAAAAAAUGCGAAUGCGAAUACGGAUGCGGAUGCGGAUGCGGAGCGGCAUCCACGCACUCCCCCUGGACGCGAAGGGCGGCAGGCGGACCUAGAUUAGAUUAGAGACACUGAAUAGACGACGAGCGGAUCGUUGCGAUCGCUCGCCGGAGACGCCGAGAUGUAGCUGUAGCUGUAGAUGUAGGCGUUCGAGCUGAUCGACUUGGGCGCAGUUUGGUGGCUUCGUGGAAACUGGUUAACGAUGCUUUGUGUAUAUAUAACGUACAUAUUUUGUAGCCACUCUAUACAGACGUAAGCAGCCCUUGUUAGCAUUAUGAUUGCGUUAGUUCUCCCCGCUUUUGUUGUUGCUUUAUUGAAUUGUAAUUAUUUAUUUUUGGCCAAGCACCGUAGUUAUAUUGUUACCCUUAAGCCUAUACUUUAUGAUUACUUUUAGUUGAGUUGUUUUAUGUUUUUUGUUUACCCCAGCUUCUGUACAUAAGCGCCGAUAGGGAAUGCCAUUGAAUAAAUCAAAUCGAAACGAAACAAGCGAAACGAUCGUGCGAAUGAAAUUUACUAGGUUUUAAUUGAUGUUUGUUUUGGGUAACGCUUUUCCAAGAUCGUUCCGGUUAUCAGUUAGCUGAGUCAUGGGGGGUUUUGACCAAAUAGGUGGGAAACGUUUGGCUUAGUCACGCCAUCGCCAUCGCCAACGCCACACUCACUUCAGCGUAAUUAUCAUCGCACUUUCGACUCGACUUCUGUCCGAUCUUAAUGCGGGUCUGGAAAUGAUCUGGGGAGGUGAUAGGUCAUUCUGGCGACCACUACCAUUACAACGUACAAUAGAUGCAGUGUCUAUGGAACAUUCGAGUCACAUGAUCGAAUGGGAUUGUUCUGGCGGAAAAUUCUUUCGAUUUCUUUCCACACAGCCCCUUAUCUUAAUGGACUUAAGCCAUGGCAACAGGGCGACACAAACAUAUUUAUGAAUUAAGCGACUUCAGAUAGGAGUGCAGGCAUAUCAGCGGCAAAGAGGAGAAGGAUGCAGUUGGGCCUUCAAUGCAGGUCCGGAACAAACCGAUGCCCGACGCCUUUAGCUUACGCAUUAAGUAAUUAAGCGCAGAUGUAUUCUAAUGAACCGGGGUAGAUAUAUUUGGUGGGCACACACGAUAAAACGACUGCUGAUAUUUUUUUUGCACACCCGCCUUGCCUAAAAUGGGUGAAAAUGAAAAUGCAAUUAAAACGGAUGACGUACUUGGGGGAGGAGUGCUAAAAAUUCCGAAAUCGGCCAUAUCUUGGCCGGGAAUUAUGUAAAUUAAUCAAUGCGCUUAUCAGUACCCAAGGCACGGCAAUCCGCUUGAUUUUUUUUUUUCAGUUUAGCGAUUAGAUAAAAUGUGGGCUCUGCGACAGCCCUUUGACUAGAAAUGUUACUUCGUUUGCCAAGCUAACUCGAACUAUAUUUAGUAUGUAUUUUAAAAAUAAACUCGUAGCCUAAGCCUAAAGCUAGUCAAAGAUAAUUACCGAAUAAACAUCACAUCAUGACCAAAA